GCUCUUCGGUUUAUCUUCCACUGAAACUUGAUGUUAUAUAGAUAUAUAUAUAGUUUUCUGUUCUUGGAUCCCUUGGGAAACAUUUGAGCGGAUCGUAAUUCAUGGUUUGUUUGAUCGUUCAUGGAGCUGUUGCUAUUGUUUCUUUAAAUAAUUUUCUGAAACUCCCGUGCUCAUGUCUAGAUACUGGUAAAGCGCUUGAAAAAGGCAAGAAAGAUGUGGUUUCUGUGUUUUGGAAGGCGAUGUUUGAUCUUAACUGUUGUUUUCCGUAACCAACCGGAGGUUGAUGUUAUAUGCAUGCUCUUCAUCUUUACUCUUGGUUUUGUGCUUUGAUUUAAUUUGUUUUUCUUCAAUUCUCUCUUGUUCGGAGAUGCGAGUUUUCUUUCUCCCAACUCCAUUGGUUUCUCUUCGCUUUUUCCUCAUUUCCCUACAUUUUCGACCUUAGUUGUUAUUUCCGUUGGUUUAACUGGGUGUUUAUUUGGACAUUUAUGGCAACACAAUGUAUAGAUCGUAAUGUCUUGAAUGAAUCUCUUGGGCGCUUCAAUGUUUCUUCGAUAAUAAUGACAAGGAGACUAGAAGAUUGAGCGAAGUUUAAGUCUUCUGAGUUACUCCUUUCCUAUCUUGUUCUGGUUCCUGCUCUGUUAUGCGUCCAUCUGAUACGAGGCCAUUGAAGCUGGACUGUGGAACAGUUUGAUCUAUCUGUUUAGAUAUUCAAGAGACCACCGAUUCAAGUGAAGGAUAUCAACUGGAACAGUUCUAGUUCUAUUAUCCAUGCAUUGACAGAUGGAACAUUCACACAGGUGAUUGAGAUAUAUUCCAAUGCAGUCACAUCCAAGAGAAGAGGUUAUUAGAGUAAAGAAGGAAACAAAGGACUUUACCAGUUCAAGUCUUGCUUAUCAUCUGGGUAGUACUACCAAGGAACCUAUAGAGGUUUCUCCAUCGUCGUCUUCAUCAUCGUCAACAUCAUUGUUAUCAGAGGAUACACAAAAUGACAUUGACCAAGAGACUGCAAAUGCCAAUAAUCAAUUGGUCCUUUAUGACCCUUGCGCGAAUGGUAGUGGAGAACUUGGGCCUGUCCCUGAACCUUGCCCUCUCCGGUGGCAGCCUUCGUCACACCCAAGACAAUCAACUGCAUCUAGAACUUUGCCAUCUGUAGGGGCUUUCACUGUCCAAUGUGCCAACUGUUUUAAAUGGAGGCUUAUUCCAACAAAGGAGAAGUAUGAAGAGAUACGUGAACACAUUCUUGAAAGGCCUUUUGUUUGCGAAACAGGUCGUGAGUGGCGGCCUGAAUUGUCAUGUGAUGAUCCUGCUGAUAUCUCUCAAGAUGGCAGCAGACUCUGGGCAAUUGAUAAACCCAAUAUUGCCCAGCCCCCUCCUGGCUGGCAACGACUACUCCGAAUUAGGGCUGAAGGAAGUACCAAGUUUGCAGAUGUGUAUUAUCAAGCACCUUCUGGCAAGAAACUCCGUUCAAUGGUAGAGGUCCAAAAGUAUUUGAUGGAACAUCCAGAAUAUGUGACAGAUGGUGUUACUCUCUCAAGAUUUUCAUUUCAAAUCCCCAAGCCUUUGCAGGAAAACUAUGUGAGGAAGCGCUCUCGAGUAACUGCUUCACAUGAUAAUUCUAAACCCCUUGAACCUGGUGAAGUUAAUCCAGCAACUGCAAGUCCAGACGAUGCUAGAAAUCAUUUGGAGCUGGCGCUUGGUAGACCAGCACUUCCACCUCCAUAUUUUGAAGCCCCUGUUAUUGAUCCUCUUCAUCAACCGCCCAGGAAGCAAGCUAGGAAGGAAUCUUCAAGCUUGUAUAGUCGCGAUCAGGUAUGAUCAGCUGAUCGUGAAUGUAGGGGAGGCUGUUCUAUCUAGCAACUCUAACUGUCUGUGAGGCUUGGUUGGGGUUCCAUUUUUUGAUGUCGAAUAUAAUGUUUUUUGUAUCCGGUCAUAUAUGUCACUUAAGCAUACUAGGUUUGACAUAUUAUGAAUGAAAGGAGAGGUCCAGUUAGACUCCUGGAGCCAUGUAGGCGAGGAGGGAGUUAAAGAAAUAUGGUGUAUAAGCUUUUUGGUUGUUUUGGAAAAAACUAGAUAAGAAAGAAUCUAAGUUAACAUUAAAUUAGAAUUACAGUCAUGAGCAAAUAGCCAACAGAAUUAUGUUAAGAUGCUCUGCUUUCUUAUUGACCGGAAAUAUUUCUUAAAGGUUUGUUCAUUUGUUUC